AUGGCCUCCCUCGGGAGUGGGAGCUGGAGUGGUGCCCCAACACAGAGUGCAGCCCCUGCGCCCUGGGUGGCCAUCUUGCAGCCAUUUCCUUGGACAGUCCCAUCUCCUCAGCCGCAGCAUAACCGAGUCAAGGAAGACCUGCUGGAGCUGAUGCUGCUGCAGAACGCCCAGAUGCACCAGCUGCUACUGAGUCAGCUGGUGGCAGAUGCCCUGAACCCGGGGCCAGAGUGGCCCACCCCACAGGUCCACACAGACAGCCACGAGGAGCAGAUGGAGGAAGACAUGGAGAUGCAGGAACAAGAGCCUUUGGUCUUCCACCAUCACUACUUGCCUUGCCCAGUGACCUACUUGGGUCCCAUGUCACUCUGGCCAGCGUCUUUCCUCCCUGUUCCUCCACAUCAGCCUCCCUGGCAGGGUAUACCCAGGAUUCAGCACCAGCCCCCUGCCUCCAGGCAAGGGGAGGUGAGAGAUGUGCCCCCACCCCCACCCCCCAGCGCAACGGGGACUGUUGGUGCAGACGUGCCUCCGGCUUCAGACUACUAUGAUGCCGAGAGCCUGCCAUGAAGACGGAAUGUUCACCAGGUCUUGUCACCUUCUGCACCAGGGCUGCCAAACCCUGGAACAACUCUGCACCCAUGCUGGCCCUUCUUACCCA